AUGAAGUUUUCACCCUAUGCUGUACUUUUUCUCGCCCUUGCCUCUUCAGGCAGUCCUGACGAAGAGAAGGCCAGUGCGAAUGUCACUGCGUCCGUCAAUGCUUCGGCGGCAUCGGCGGCGUCGGCAGGAUCACUGCAAAGGCGGCUCCUGCUCUUCUGGCCAGUGGACAACUCCAAGCGGACGGUGACACAGGUGAAGAAGAACGUGCAUUACAUUCGGUCCUCCUUGGGCGAAGACUGCUGUCACGUGAUGCUUGCUCACUAUAAAGGCAAGCCGGACGACUGGGGUUCCCAGUGGUACAAGGACAAUGUCGCCGGAAGCUACGUCGGUCCAGGAUUCAAGUUCAAGUUCAUGCGGGAUGCGUACAUGAAGGCCAUGGAUGUCGAGGAGAGCUGGGAGUCCAAGUACGAGUACGUCUGGGGCCUUGACAGUGACCUGGAUCUCACAGGAACGAAUCUGACCAAGCUCUUAGAGAUGGCACGGCUGUCCAACGCCCUCAUCGUCGGCCCAACAUUCGUGGGCAAAGGAGUGAAUUGGGUGAAGCCAUUGGGAGUCCGCAAGAAGGGCAGUGGAAAGGCAGCCAAGCACUCCCCAAAAGCGCACAAGAAGCACGGCCACCCUGCAACGAAAGCGGAGAAGGACACCUCGCAACACGUGGGCGUGGAGCCUCAUCACAAGGCCUCGUCCUUGCAGGAGCAAGCCCACCAGGUUGCCACGGAUCAGACUGAUGUUUCUGCUUCUGGAAGCUACGAGGAGCUUCAAUCCUCCAUCUGGAUAUUCGAGAGACCUAGCCCCAAGUGUGAUUAUCGGCACACCGACUUUGUAGAACUGACUGCGCCGCUGCUCAGUCCAGCGGCACUUCCAAUUGUGUUUAAUCAGUGCACGGACUGCAUCCACGACACAUCA